UCCGUAGUGGACUCACAUCUCCGGGACCCCCGAGUUUGAGGAGCCCACAGGGGGGGCGGCUCCGCACCGGAUAUCCCUGACUGUGAGCGUGGCCCCUGGGAGCCCUGAGCGUGGCCCCUGGGAGCCCCAGCCGGCCAGCCCGGGUUGGUAUGAGCGAUCCCGCCCCGAGGUCCCGCAAGCAGCGGCUGAUGGCAGCCCUGGGGGGGGACGAGGAGCCGGAGGAUGCUGUGGCCCCCGGGGGCCCCUGUGUGUUCUGCUUUAUCUGUGGGGGCGCGGUGCCCCGGGGUCGGGAGCUCAGGUUACCCGUGCGGGGCCCGGCCCGGGGGGGGCCCUUCUACCCGUUCCUCCAGCAGCAGGAGCCGGCACCGGGGGCCGAGCCGGUGAGCCCGGGUGGCUGUGCCCGGGUGUGCGCCGUGUGCCAGCGGUUCCUGGCCGCCCAGUGGGACUCGUUCGAGCGCACCCGGACCCCCUUGGACAAGCGCAUGUACUGGCUGAAGAGGCCCUACCACGGCCCCCGGGCGGCCCCCCGGGACUGGAACCCCAACUCCCCGGACUCUGAGCUCUCAGACCUGUCUGACAACGCGCUGAGCGAGGCCGAGGACAGCCCAGAGAGGGGGGGCAGGGGGCCCUGGGCAGCUUCCCCGGGUACCCCCAGGACCAGCCUGGCCCCAGCACAGUGUACCACCCCCCCAGACCGAGCCCGGCACCCAGGAGACCACCACAGGGGAGAGGGGGACCCCAAUACUGAGAGACACCCUGAGAGGGGGCCACACAUAGGGGUCUGUUAUAUCUGCGGGGGGGGCGGCCCUGGACAACUCAUACACGUGCAGAAACAGGAGCACACCCCCCAAACCCCCUUCUUCCCUUUCCUGUGGCUGCACACCCCACCGCCCGGUGCCCACCCAAUCACUCCAGGGGGCAGUGCCAGGGCCUGUACCAGCUGCUUCUCAUCCCUCAUGGAGCAAUGGCAGAGCUUCGACCUGGCCAAUGUACCUGUCCUGCAACGCCUCUACAUGGUGCCCCUCCAUGCCACCCAGGAAAAGGGGACAGGUCAGCACUCUGGGGACCCCCACCCUAAAGGACCAGGGGUCUGCUACCUUUGUGGGGAGACCUACCCCCACCAAUUCAGGAUGGUGCUCACCAAGGUCCACAAUGGCAAUGCCAAAACCAUCAUGCACUUUCCCUUCAUCAGCCAACUGCCCUGCCCACCCAACUGCCCAGGUGUGACCCAGCAAGGGGAAGUGCAAAGUUGUAGGAAGUGCUACGGGGUCUUGGAGGACAUCUGGGCCAUUUACAGGGCCUCCCAUCAUGAGGAUCUCAUCAACUCUGUGCAAAGUUUCUUGGCCAGGUAUCACCAGGUGUUUGGGUCAGGGGAACCAAAUUCAUCUUCUGGAGGAUGUACCAGCAGGAAGGCUGGAGCCACCACUGGCCAACCUUUUAUAACCUCUAUCUGCUAUGUCUGUGGAGCAGAGCUAGGUUCGGGAUCUGAGUACCAGGUCAGCAUCAACCCACCUAGUAGGUAUGGAGACAAGGAGCCUUUCUUUCCAUUUCUGACCAUUUACCCACCUGCCCCAAGAGCCAGGCCGGCUGACUCCACCGGUAUGGUGUCCACCUGCAGCCUCUGUUACCAUGACCUCCUUGGGCAGUGGUUUCAACAGGAGAUGAGGAGCCAGCACCCCACCAACCCAUGGUCAAGACAGUACCAAGUGGAGACCUUUGUAUGCUUCUUCUGUAGAUCAGAGAAGAGGAGGAUGCUGGGAUUAAAGGCUGUCAAGGUGGCCAGGUUACCUAUUUUCUUACUGGCUCCAAGAGUAGCCAACAGUUUGUUUGUGGAUGAUGGCAAACAGCUUCUUGUAGGAACUUGUAGCGAAUGUAGACAUCUGACCAUGUUGGGUAUUGAUACAGCACACAGUGAGUCUUCAAUGUCCUCCUCACCUGCAGUCAGCCAAAAGGCCAGUCCAUCUUCCCGUGAUGGUGGCGCUCUGAACUGCACAGCAGGCCCAACCACCAGCGCCCCUCAAUCGGCAGAACUCGAGCAAAGCCUCAAGCCAAACAAGGAGCGCCCACGUGUUAGUGAUCAGGAGAACAGCUCGGACGUGGAAAGUGCAGGAACUGCAAAUUACCUGUGCUCCCGUGAGGAUACCAAGGACCAAAGAGAGGCCUAUCUUAAGCAAGGCAUGAACCAUGAGCCAAAGUCACCUUCCAUAGGAAUGCUUUCUACAGCCACGCGGACCACGGCCACUGUCAGCCCCCUCACUCCCUCCCCUCUCAAUGGCUCCCUGGUACCCAAUGGCAGUCCAGCGGCCAGCAGCGCGCUAUCAGUCCAGUCCGCACCCUCCUCCAGCUUUGCUGCUGCGCUGCGUAAACUUGCAAAACAGGCAGAGGAACCAAGAGGGUCUUCAAUAAGCAGUGAGUCUUCUCCAGUCUCCUCACCGGCUACAAACCACAGUUCUCCAGCCAGCACGCCCAAGCGAGGACCCAUGGGACCAAUUCUUGUGCCCCCAGCUGGCCACAGUGUGCCGAACACCCCACCCGUGGUAACGAUUGCACCAACAAAAACCGUUAACGGAGUAUGGAGGAGUGAAGCCCGGCAGCCAGACACUUCCUCUCGAACCAGUAGCAUCAGCAGAGAGCGACUCAUCGCUGAAUCACAGCUACCCUCUGAAAAGACUAGCACGCCUUCUGUGCCUUCACAUCUGCUGGGGAACGCCUACGCCUUUGCUAUCCCGCCAAGUUCUGUUGUCCAAGACGCACGUUAUCAGCCCUUAAAUUUGCAGAGACCAGUGCACCACGUGGUUCCUCCAAGCACAAUGACAGAAGAGUACUUGCGCAGUUUUCGUCCAUAUCACACCGCUGAAGAUCUCCGUAUGUCCUCGCUGCCCCACCUUGGCCUGGAUCCUGCAGCUGCAGCAGCUUAUUAUCACCCUAGUUACCUUGCUCACCACCCCUUCCCACACCCAGCCUUCAGGAUGGAAGAUUCCUACUGUUUGUCUGCACUGAGGUCCCCAUUCUAUCCCAUCCACAGCCCAGGAUCGCUUCCUCCAUUGCAUCCAUCCGCUAUGCAUCUGCACCUGUCUGGAGUUCGUUAUCCUACAGAACUCACACAUUCCUCACUGUCUGCACUGCAAUCUGAACGGAUCACAGCAGAGAGACUUCAAAUGGAUGAAGAGCUGCGUCAACGAGAAAGAGAAAGAGAGAGAGAACGCGAGCGUGAGAAAGAGAGAGAAGCAGACCGGGAACGAGAGAAGGAAAGGGAGCGAGAAAGAGAAAAAGAGAGAGAGAAAAAAGAAAUGGAGCGGGAGAAAGAAAGAGAGCGGGAGCUGGAAAGACAGAGAGAGAGGGCCAGAGAGAAAGAGGCCAGCCUCCUCAAAUCAAUGGAGAGUCAAUAUCUGUCUGAACCAGAGCCUCCACUAAACAGAAGUCACCAGGAUGAUCGAGGCAAAGUAAUAGAACAGCCUCCUCCAAACAGACCAGAGAAGCUGAAGGAACCCUCCAUUCAGACUCCUAAGCCAGUUCAGCACUCUAUGCAUCAGACUACAACUACCCACCAUUCUGUGCCCAGCCUCAUUUCUAGUCACGCAUCUUUCGCUGGGCCCAACAGUGCUGCCUCUCUCCUUGCACAGAGAACACAGGAGGAGGAGAAAUGGUUAGCAAGGCAGCGUCGCCUUCGGCAAGAGAAGGAAGACAGGCAGUAUCAAGUAUCAGAAUUCCGGCAGCAGGUACUGGAACAACAGCUGGAUAUUGGGGGACGGCCUUGUAAUCCACCAGAGCCAGAUCCUAGGCCAGAGAACCUCAGGAUCAUACCAAGCCGUAGUGAAACCAGCAUCCGAGAGCAUUUUGGGGGACCACCUCCUCUCAUUUCGCCGAAGCCCCCACAGCCUGCACACUCUACUCAAACAUCUCUCUGGAACCCAGUGACUCUCAUGGAGAGCUCUUCAGAGCUACGUCGAACCCAGGAACCAACUUCUGUGCAUAACCACAACACACCUAUUUAUGAUCAAAGCAGGCAGGCUGUGGCACCAGUAAAAAUUGAACGUUCAUACUGCUUUGAGAAACAGCCCCAGGAGGAGGAGGAAGCGGCGGCAGCAGCAUCCAGGAGACGGGAGCUGCUGGAGAAAUAUCAGCCCCUGAGGGAGUCCACUACCUUAGAACAUGCUGGAUACUCUCACGCGCCAUUCCUGGCUGAGCUAGAGAAGUCCACACAGAGCUUUCUAAAUCAGCAAAGGAACUCCCUGCAGCAGGCUGGACAGACUGUAGAUGUUAGCCUGCUCCACCACAAACCUAUCACAGCACACCGUCAGCCUCCAUCAAGACCUCGGGACUCUAUGAUAAUUUAUGAUGAAUUCUUAAAACAGCACCGUAUGCUUGUUAGCAAGUUGGAUUUAGAGGAACGAAGGCGGAGGGAAGCAAGAGAAAAAGGCUAUUUUUAUGACCUUGAUGAUUCCUACGAUGAAAGCGAUGAGGAGGAGGUGAGGGCUCAUCUCCGGCGAGUAGCAGAACAGCCUCCUCUUAAACUGGACACGUGUUCAGAGAAAAUGGAAUUUCUUCAUAUCUUUGGCCUCACAACUCAGCAAGAGAAGGAGCGACUCCUUCAGCAGAAGAGGAGAAAGAGAAGGCGGAUGCUAAGGGAAAGGAGCCAGUCUCCCCCCACUAUCCAGAACAAGCGGCAGACUCCAUCCCCACAUUCUCCUCUGUCUACACGGUUCAGCCCAGAUGAACUAAAUAAUAGCCCUAGCUUGGAGGAAAAGAAGAAGUUUUUAACGUUCUUCGACCUUGCACAUGUUAGUCCUGAGCGAAGGCGAGAUAAGGAAAAGUUGGUGGAGAUGCUGGAAGCAAUUAAACAGAAGAAUGCUGUGCCAGAAACUGUAAAGAAUCCCCUUGUUGCUCCAUGUCGAAUUACGCCUCCACUUCCCCCAGUUGCUGCGUCGGAAAUCCCUGUGGUAUCGCAACCAUCUACAGAGUGUGAUACACCAGCCUCUCUCCCCUCCACUUCAUGCACUGUUCCUGAACCAUUAAAGCCACCAGAGCUACCUAAACCUAUGGACAUCACAAGGGUUCCCACUCUUCCGGUACCAACCUCAUCUGCAAAUCCACCAGCCCUGGAGAAACAAAGACCAAGUGAAGCUCCUCCUGCUAAAAAGAGUGUAAGCAUUCUGAACUAUGUGCGCGGGCAGCCCCCCAAAGAGAGCACUUUGCAACAGCCCCAAAGUGUGAAUGGAAGGAGCAAAUCGUGGGAGCCUUUCAUAGCGGAGGAGUUUGCUCAUCAGUUCCAUGAAUCAGUGUUGCAAUCCACACAGAAGGCUCUGCAGAAGCACAAAGGAGUUUCAGCAUUGCACUGUGCUGAGCAGAACCACAAACCAGAUGCCUCUGUUCACUAUAACAUUCCCGAGCUGCAGCACUCCAACCGGCUGCCCGGCCCACAACAGAAUGGGCAGCAGGGUGCUGAGCUGGCAGGAGUAGGGCGUGCCCCUCGGCAACAAGACACCUCGUCUGAAGAAGAAACAUCGGAUGAGGAGGAUGAAGAAGACAAAACAGACGAGCAGCCAAGGCCCAAAUGGCAGGGAAUAGAAGCCAUCUUUGAAGCUUACCAAGAACACAUAGAAGAACAAAACCUAGAGCGUCAGGUUCUGGAGUCGCAGUGUAAGAGGUUAGAGGCUCAGCACUAUAACCUGGGACUGACAGCGGAGCAGCUGUCCCACCGCAUGGCGGAAUUGAUGAGCCAGAAACAGAAGAUAGCAUCUGAGAGGGAGAGACUACAAGCUGAACUUGAACACUUUAGGAAGUGCCUUGUCUUGCCCACCACAUCAUGGUCACGGGCAUACUACAAAGGCCACCCCAGGUGACAUCCCUCCUGCACUAAGCUUGAACGUACAAACAUAGAAAGAUUCUCUAUUUUAUUACCUUAAUAUUUAAUAUUUUUCACUGGGAAGAUUGGAGAGCGAGAAAAAAAAGAAAAAAAAUCACCAACCAUUUUUUUUCUGUUACUUCCUGCACCACCCUGGGAAAUAUAAAAAUUUUAAAAAAAAGACAAAAAAAAUAAAUUAAAAAAAAUUAUAUAAAUAUAUAUAUAAUGAAUGUGCCAUGCAUGACUUGGAAUUAUGGGAGUUUGGCAAAGAGAAACAGACCUCGUUUUGAAAGACAAAGCUGUGGGCAUUUUCGUCACAACAACUUUAUUUUACUGUUGGCACCUGCUUACUGCAACCCAUUUCUAGGAUUUACAAUUGACAGAGACUAUUGGCUGCAUCUGACACUACAAGCAACCUCGCACACAUUCUGCUCACUCCGGACUGUUGUGGGCGCUCCCCUUUUGUCGUCCUCGAGUUCCAUUGUUCUGCAUCCUCAAGCUGCCAUGGGGUGGUCUGGUUGACCUUUAGACUACCCAAAAAAAAAUCUCCUUAUUACUUCCCAAAUCUGGACUUUGUUGUAUGUUUGUCUUUUAAUCAAACGUAAAAUGUUGAAGUUAAGGCAUUAUCCUCAUAAAAGGAAAAAAAAAAAAAAAAAAAACUCGAUUUGUCCUUGCAAUGCUUUGCAGUUUGCCAUCCAAUGCACUUAAAACACGGAUGUCUGCUGGGUUGAAGAUUCCUUUUUAAAAUUUGCAGAGGUUCUAACACUGCCAAGAGCUACACCCCUCCCUCAUACAUGCAAAAGGAAGGGUUGAUAGGAAGACAAAGUAAUGACCAGGUGCUUUGGGCCUCAUAUUGUACAUAUUAAAAUAAGAUUUGUUUUUUUUUUUUGUUUUUUUUUGGUAUGUUUUUCUUACAUUAAUUAUUGUUAUAAAGGACAAAUCCUGCCAUUUUAAUGCUUCUGCUUUUUUUUAUUAUUAUUUUUCAGGCAGAGGGGAAAUUAAAACUACACAUACCGUUUCAAACAGUUGCUACUUAGUGUUUGUAUUCUGCUGCUGGUCAGGAAUUUAUCCUAUCAACAUUUUUCUUUGUUUUGGAGAUAAUUAAAAGUUUAAAAGAAAAUGAAAAGUAGAUUUUAUUUUUAUUUUCAGUGUAUAUUGUGUCAUUUAAAGGAAUUCUUGUCCUCUGGUCCACCUCAGCAUGUAAGGUGUUAAACAAAAAACCUAUAGUCACCUAAUUCCAGCGCUAAUGUUCCUC